GUGAAAGUGAAAGUGACAGUGUGCACUUGUUUCUCAGGGCCAGCAGUAAUCAGAAGGUGAGGGAGACGGUGGCUCUGGAGCUCAGCUUCGUCAACUCCAACCUGCAGCUGCUGAAGGAGGAACUGGAGGAGCUCAACAGCAACAUGGAGGUGUACCAAACCGACAGUGAGGCGGUCAAUGUUCCCAUGAUCCCGCUGGGGCUGAAGGAGACAAAGGAAGUGGACCUCUCUGCUCCUCUGAAGGACUUCAUCUGUGAGCACUAUGGAGAGGAUGGGUCCCAGUACGAGGGCGAGGUCACGCAGCUUAUGGACCUGAGACAGGCUAUGCGCACUCCCAGUAGAAAUGAGGAGGGGGUUGAGCUUCUGAUGGAGUUCUACAAUCAGCUCUACUUCCUGGAUCACCGCUUCUUCCCACCCAAUAAGACGCUUGGGGUACAUUUCCACUGGUACGACUCCCUGACCGGGGUGCCCUCCUGCCAGCGGUCCCUGGCCUUUGAGAAGGGGAGCGUGCUGUUCAACAUCGGGGCGCUGUACACCCAGAUCGGGGCGCGGCACGACCGCUCCAGCGUCCCCGGCAUCGACUGCGCCAUCGACGCCUUCCAGAAGGCCGCCGGUGCGUUUAACUACCUGAAGGAGAACUUCUGGAACGCGCCCAGCCUGGACAUGAGCGUGGCGUCGCUGUGCAUGCUGGUCCGUCUGAUGGUGGCCCAGGUGCAGGAGUGUGUGUUUGAGAGAGCGCUGCUGCUGCAGGACGCAAGCUUCACCUCCCUCCUGCAGGUGGCACAAGAGGCUGCACGGGUAUCAGACGUGUACUCCCUGGUGCAGCAGACCAUGUCUCAGGCGCUGGUGAGGGACUAUGUGCCGUUCUCCUGGGCCACCAUGGUGCAGGUGAAGACCGAGCACUUCCGCGCGCUCUCCCACUACUACGCCGCUGUGGCGCUGUGUGACCACGCCCAGGCCCCGGAGGAGGAUGACGGGGCGGCAGAGAAGGCCCUGCUGCAGCUGCACAUCAGAGAGCCAGAGGGAGUCGACCUCAGAGAACUGCUCAGGUCCACAGAGGAGAGACGCAAACUGGGUAAGGCUCACCUGCGGCGUGCGGUGAUCAGGCACGAGGAGUCGAUGCGGCUGCAUGGUCUGUGUAAGAUCCUGCGGAAGAUGGACCUCCUGCAGGAGGUGCUGUCUCACACACACACACGCUCCCUGGAGAAGUACUCCGAGAUCGACCGCGAGGAUGACUUCUUCGACACCGCGGAGGCCCCCGACAUCCACUCUAAGACCCAGCAGAAGCCGGACAUUAAGACCCCAGACUUCUCCUCGGUUCAGGUGACGGACAUCUUCCACAGGCUGGGCCCGUUGGCGGUGUUCUCGGCCAGGAGCAGGUGUGGGCCGCGCAGGCAGGUGCAGCUGCAGAGGGGGGAGGCGGGUCUGGGCCUCACUCUGAGGGGGGACUCCCCCGUGCUCAUCGCUGGAGUGGUGCAGGGAGGCUGUGCAGCGGAGGCGGGGCUGAGAGAGGGGGAUUACAUCGUGUGUGUGAACGGGGCGGACUGUAAGUGGGCCAAGCACGCCGAGGUGGUGCAGCUUCUGAAGACCUGCAGCGACAGGGGGGCGGAGCUUAGCGUCAUCACUCUACUGACCCCAGAGAUACAGGUGGAGAGGCGGUCGGUGCUGAUGUCACUCAGUGGGGAUAAGGAGAACAGCUGCCAGCGGAACCAGGGCGGGGCUCGGGGGCGGGGCUCCCUGCUGAGCUGGACCAGGAAGAAGAGCGGAGGAGGAGGAGGGGGCGGGGCCAAGAAACCAGGAAGCACCUUCAGCCUGCCUUUCACAAACCUGCGGGACAGUGGAGCCAUGUACUGA